ACUACCUCUUUUUUAAAAAUGUUGUAAAAGACUACUUAUUACCGGAAUCUGGUCGUUGAUUUUUUUCGCCGGCGUUGACUUAGUCACGUGAGUAGCACGUGCUCUUUAAUGACCCUUUUCUCACCCAUUUUCCCCCAAAUUUCACGAGUUCCUCCAAUUUAGCCCCUUUUUGUAACCCUAGAAACCUAAUUUCUCGAUUUCUUCUCCAAUUCAGCCCCAAUCUGUUGAAUUUCCUUCCAAUUAUUGUGCGAUGGCUUUUACUUCCAGUGACUAGUGCAAUUGUGGUUUAAUUUAGGGAAGUUUGAAGUUUGUGAGAGGAAUUUACAAUUAUUAAUUUUUAAAUUUGAUUGUUGCGCUAUGGUUGUUAGUGUACUGUGGUUGGGAUGAUGGUUAGUAUGGCUGCUACUUGCUGCUUAAUGGGGUGUGCUCGUGUUAUUGUUGGUGGCGUCAAGAGGUAUAGAUAGAGGGUGGUGGUGCGGUGAUGGCAUGGGAAUGUGUGCUGCUAAGAGAAAGGGAAGGUGCUGCUGCGAGGAUCGCGGAAUUGCGAAGUAGCUAGUGUGGGCUUGGAUGUGUUAGAUUCGAUAGGCUAGAGGUGGUUUCAAGUGGCUGGGGUUGUGUUGGUUUUUGGAUGCGUGAAGGUGUAGGCGAGCUUCUGGAAACCAAUAACUGCCAAAGCUAAUGUCCCACACGUAUCGCAUUUAUUAUUGCCAAAAUAUAGAAUCACUUUCUCUCUCUUCCUCAUUCAUUCACCAGUUACUUUCUCUCUCCUCGUUUUUUCUCUAAACUGCGAUUUCUCUCUCUUCCUCAUUCAUUCACCAGUUACUUUCUCUCUCCUCGUUUUUCUCUAAACUGCGAUUUCUCUCUGUAUAACUGGCGAUUUCGAGCUUUUUCUCUCUCCUCAAUCGGCGAUUUUUGAGCUUUUUCUCUCUUCUCUUUCACUUGAAGUUGUUAUUUGCUUAAUUCAGGUUCGUUUACUUACUUUUAUUGAGAUUUUUGUUAGUUUAAGUUGUUUUGAUUCUUCAAUUUUUUGGUUUUUUAUUUUGUUUUUGUUUUCGAUUUUCGUAGUGUUUUAUUCUGCUAUGGUGAAGAAGAAGAGUACAAAGAAGUCUGCAGAUUCUGAAGAAGAUACAGGUGGUUCAAUAUGUGGAUAUCGUUAUAAAUUGCCUUCAAAGGGAAAAGCAAAGCCUAAAGAGCCUGCUAAGGGCAAAGAAAUACCUAAAAAGACCAAGACAGUUCCUGAGAAGGCCAUAAUAGUUUCUAAGAAUGCCAAACCAGAGUCUGACAAGGCCAAAAUAAUUCCUAAGAAGGCCAAAAUUGUACCUAAGAAGGCCAAAACAGUGCAUAAUUCUAAUUUUGUAAUGCUUUCUGAUUCUGAUUCUGAGACUUUUGUGUAAGCAUACAUGUUUUUUUAUUUGCAUUUUUUAAUUAUAUUUUAUUUUUAGAUUAUAUUGUUUCAAUUAUUUUUUUUAUAUUUUUAUUAUUUAGGGAGCGAAGACGCUUGAUUGCAAGGUGUAGACCACAUACUUUGGAAUUUUUGUUGCAGAACUUUAGUUCUAAGCAAAAACAGGCUGUUGAAGAAGUUGGUUUUGGUGGUUUAUUACAUUUGAAAUUGAAAACUGUUAAUCGUGAAAUGUUACCUUGGCUUGUUGAAAACUUCAAUGGUGGUAGCUGCAUGUUUACCAUUGCUACUGGUAAAGAAUUUGUUGUUACUAGAAAUGAUAUAUGCGAUGUUUUUUGCUUGCCUAUGAGUGAUUUUGUGUUCCUGAACUUAAGAAAAAUUCUGAAGAUGAAAGUGUACAUAAACGUAUCAUUCAGACAUGUAGAUCUUAUUAUGGUCUUUUGGAUAAGCAACCUCUUCAUUUGUCAAAAUUGGAGUCUUGGAUGGUUGAUUUGGUUGAUGGAGGGGAAGAAUUUAAGAGGUGUUUUGUUCUUCAUGCUAUGUCUAGCAUUUUAGCUCCUACUACUAAUCGGACUGUUUCAUUGAAGUUGCUGAAAGAUGUUGAAGAAGUUGAUGAAAUCAAAGCUUUAGAUUGGUGUUCAAAUGUUUUGAAAAAGUUAA